GUCUUAUGAGACGAAAUGACGGUAAAUCAGAGGUCAAGUUGCAACAAACGACCGAACAAAGGUUAUCAAGAGACUGUGUCACAGACAGAAGCAGCAGCAGAUCACAUCACCCCUCCCUCCAUCCCUCCUCCUCCUCCUCCUCCUCAGCAGCAGCUCCACGGUUCACCUGCCGCCGCUGCCGCCGCACAAGAAGACCGUCCGCGAGCCAGACUCAUUCGUGUCUCCGUCAUGGACAUGCUGGGGAAGAAAGAGCGGAGAGGCCGGGAUGUGAAGGGCUUGUUGAAGAGGAACUGGAUUCUCAUAGCAACCAUCAGCGCGGUGAUACUGGGGAUCGCGCUGGGAGUGCUGGUGCGGGACUACACCUCUCUGUCCCAGCUGGAGAAGCAGUACUUUGGCUUCCCAGGAGAAAUCCUGAUGAGAAUGCUAAAGCUGGUCAUCCUGCCUCUCAUCGUCUCCAGCAUGAUAACAGGAGUGGCAGCGCUGGACUCCGAGGUAUCGGGAAGGAUCGGUCUGCGUGCAGUGGUUUAUUACCUCUCCACUACCAUCAUUGCUGUCAUUCUUGGAAUCGUUCUUGUGACGACGAUUAAACCCGGGGUGUCUCAGAGUGCUGAUAAUAUCGAGAGAGCAGGAAGCACUCCAAAUGUGUCCACUGUUGACACCUUACUGGACCUGGUUAGGAAUAUGUUUCCUGAAAAUCUUGUGCAAGCCUGUUUUCAGCAGUAUAAGACGCAGCGCAAAGAGAUUGAACCAUCGAAAACCAACAUAAGCACAAGUAAUAUGACUACAUUUCCACCGUUCACCACCAUUAUUUCAACAGUUGCACAGAAUUUGACCAAAGACUACAAGAUCGUGGGCUCAUAUUCAGAUGGUAUUAAUGUUCUCGGUCUGAUCGUAUUCUGUGUGACUUUCGGCCUGGUCAUCGGCAAGAUGGGAGAAAGGGGUCGAAUCCUGCUUGAGUUCUUUGAUGCUCUGAAUGAGGCCACCAUGAGACUCGUACAGAUUAUUAUGUGUUACAUGCCCGUUGGCAUCUUGUUCCUGAUUGCUGCCAAGAUCAUGGAGGUGGACGACUGGGAGAUCUUCAGGAAGAUGGGCCUGUACAUGGUGACGGUGCUCAGCGGACUAGCCAUCCAUUCCGUAAUAUUCCUCCCGCUGAUAUACUUUGUGUUUGUGAGGAAGAAUCCAUUCACCUUCACUCUGGGAAUGGCACAGGCCCUGCUAACUGCUCUCAUGAUUUCCUCAAGCUCAGCCACUCUGCCAGUCACGUUCCGAUGCGCAGAGGAGAACAACAGGAUCGACAAGAGAAUCACUCGCUUCGUUCUUCCAGUUGGUGCGACUAUCAACAUGGACGGCACUGCACUGUAUGAAGCUGUUGCUUCUAUAUUCAUAGCUCAGCUGAACAACUACGACCUGGACGCUGGCCAGAUUGUUACCAUCAGUAUCACGGCAACAGUCGCCAGCAUUGGUGCAGCAGGAGUUCCAAAUGCUGGACUGGUAACCAUGGUGAUAGUCCUCACAGCAAAGUACCUUCCUUCCAAUGACCAAACCCUCAUCAUUUCUCUCAUCUAAAUCAGCGAUCGCUUCCGUACCAUGAUCAAUGUGCUGGGAGAUGCCUACGGCGCUGGAAUAGUCCAGAAGCUGUCAAAGCGAGAACUAGAAAGGAUGGACCUGAUUUCAGACGUGGACGCAGCCAACCCCUUCGCCCUGGAGACCACGCUGGACGACGACGAGUGCGAGAAGAAAUCUUACGUCAACGGUGGAUUCACUAUCGACAAAAGCGACGCUAUUUCUUUCACCGAGACCUCGCAGUUCUAGAGGCGCUGGCGCUCGCUGCUGAACAUGUGAUAUCACUAAAAGGAGUCCAGAGAGGUAGGAGCCAUUCAUAAAACCAGUGCCAUGACUAGGACGGAAAGUCAUUAGCGAGGACAUGAUUGAGCGCAGACAUUAGCAAUACAUGCCCUUGCGGUUCUCCUUCCUUCAUUUUCCCAACCUUGCUCUUGAACUUACGUGUGCGCUAGACUGAGGCUGUGUUUACACAACAACGAUGUAGUCAAAAACGGAAAAGUUUUUACCUCGUUUUUUUUUUAAGUUUCACGUAUACACAACGUUUUCAAAACGAUUCACAUUUACACAUAUCUGCGAAAACGGACAAAAAUGCUGUAUU